AUGUACGGACUGCGCGCAUCAGUGAGCGGACACAGCUCCGAUGUUCGAUGUCUCGUUAGCUGUAACUAUCCGGUGGGCGGUGGCUUCCUAACAGGCUCUAGAGACAAAUCCCUGAAACUAUGGUUUCCUUCGGCAGAAGGUGUCGGCUACGAAAUGAUGACAAGUUUCAGAGGAAGCACGCAUUGGAUCAGCUCGAUUUGUUUUCUGGAACCUGAUGCAGACAAUCUGAAUGGUCUUAUAGUGGCUGGGUCCUUUGAUUCAAAGAUACGUGUUUAUGAUCCGAUAUCUUCAGAAGAAAAAGCUUCAUAUGUUGGCCAUGGAGAGUGCGUCUCUGCGCUUGCUUGUAAUAAUAAAACACAAACUGUCGUAUCUGGAUCUUGGGAUAAAAAUGUAAAAGUAUGGAGAGGGAAGUGGGGAUCUGCUGAGAAGAAGUGCACGGCUACAAUAUCUGGGCAGCAUCAGGGCUCUGUGCUCGCUCUUGGUAUGCUCGAGGACGACCGAAUAGUGACCGGCUGCGCAGACAAAUUAUUGAGAAUAUUCAACGUGGAUGGAAAGCUAUUAAAAUCGUUGCAGGGACAUACGGACGUAAUUCAGUCUCUCACGAUUCUACCAGAUGAGAGGUUGCUGUCAACGGGAAAUGAUAUGAAAAUAAGACUAUGGGAUCUGGAGAACGGCUCUGUAGCUAAAGAAUUUUCUGGGCAUACUGGCUUUAUAUAUUGCGUUUCACCUAUGCCUAGAAACAAAGGCUUCAUCACAUCAGGGGAAGACCGUAGUGUACGGGUUUGGAGCUGGGACUCUUCAGAACCCACUGAAACCAUCAUGCUCCCAGCACAGUCUGCUUGGGCCUGUACUGCAUUAACGAUGGGCGAUAUUGCUGUUUCUCUGUCAGAUGGCACUGCAAGAGUUUUUACCUAUCGAGAGCGAUUCCAAGCGCCUGCUGAAGAAGUUGCUGCAUUUGAAGAAUCUGUGGCAGCAAUGCAGAUCCCGGCCAAAGCACUUGAAGACAAAAUGGAAAUUUCAAAGCUACCGAAGUCGUUGCCGCCAAGUGGCAAGAAAGAAGGACAGACCAUGAUGAUCAACGAACCUAGUGGUGUCGUUGCGUACCAGUGGUCUAAAGGCAAAUGGGAGAAGAUUGGUGACGUCACAGGAGUUAGCAAUAAAGACACGUUCGAAGGGAAAGAAUAUGAUUUUGUGUUCUCUGUUGACGUCGACGAAAACGCGCCACCUUUGAAGCUCCCUUAUAAUUUAACAGAGGAUCCUUGGCGAGCUGCGCAGAAGUUCAUAAACAACAAUGCACUUCCCUUAACCUACUUAGAACAAGUCGCAAAUUUCAUCAUCACUAACACUGCCGAGAGACGACAACAAGAAGCAGUAAAAGUUGUUGAGCCAGAAGUCGGAGGAGGUGCCGAUCCGUUAACCGGCGGGUCAGGCUAUCGUCCUGAUUAUACGGCUCCUAAGACAACGACAACAAAAAAAGGUGGCGCCGCCGACCCUUUUACAGGUUCUGGUGCUUACAAACCAGACGAUGUUUCUAUGGGUCCAAACGCUCCUCGAUAUCUACCUGGAGAUAGCUCUUCUUCAGCGCCGAGUGGACCCCGAAUGGUGAACCCAGAGGACAAUCCAGGACGAUACAUUCCAAGCGGAAAUGACGAGGAAAAGCCAAAGUACAACAUAGUCUUUGUUGAUAAGAAGUUCUUUCCCGAAGAAAAAUACCUCCUUUUUGAUGACCCAGCUCCUGGAGUGGAGAAAAUCAUAAAUAUGCUCAACAAAAAAUGUUCCGAAAAGGGAAUCCAGUUUGAAGAAGAUGAGUUAAAGAAACUUGCUAUGCUUUGUGAUCCAGAAAAUGUUCUCAUGCCAGAUGAUAUCUUUGUCUACUUCUCAUGUCUAAUGAAAACGCAUGAAUACUGGGAUGUCAAAUUUCCUCUCAUAGACAUUCUCCGACUUGCUUUGCUUAAUUAUUCCGUUGUUGGUCUUCUUUGUCAUGAGGACCGGGUCAAGGAGUUCCUACGACCGUUGAUGAAACAACUUAAUGUAGAAAAGCCAGCAUCAGUUCAAUUACUUACCAUGCGAUGUCUUGUCAACCUAUUCCGUCACGAAAUUGGUGCAAAAGUAGCGUUGAAGCACUUUGGUGAAAUUCUAACUAGAGCCACAGACUCUCUCCCUGUUCAACCAAAACCCGUUCUCAAGCAAGCUCAUGCUUCGCUUCUCCUCAACUUUUCUAUCGCUGCAAGAAAAUUCGGUGCUAAUGUGGACACCAAGCUUGGACUUCUUCAGAAAAUCUGCGAGAAAAUCGGUCGAAAUGAAGCCGACAUGAAAAUUCAAAUUCGGCUGCUGAUUGCUUUGGGAACUCUCAUUCACCAGGACAUCGUAUUGUGCCAGGCGGCUGACGGUAUCGGUGUCCGCGAAGAGCUCCUUGAAAUUCAAAAUAAACACAAACGAUCCGACGAUAAAAUGGCCGCCAACGUUGCUAGCUGUGCUCGCAAAUGCAUCCAAGAAAUAAUGAAAAGUCUUCAAAGCCUUCAAGAUAAUAACUCGAUGGAUUUCGAUUGUGCCGGACCAUCUACUUCAGCCUAA